UGCUAUGUCAGCUGAAAUGUAGCAAGUUGGCAGGUCGUGCUAGCAAAGAGGUAUUUUUACAUUUUCACCAACCGCCAAAACAAGCUGGUCACUCAGCCGGGAGGUCGGCAUGUACUCGGUCUAGUUGUUAUUUUAACACUAAACCGUUUUUCCCCUCCCCGGCUUGAAUCCACGUCCGAGGACUAGGAAGCGACUUACUUAGCCGCUAACAAGCUUAGCUCAGUCCAGCUAGCGAGCCUCCGACCGGGAAGAAGCAAAGCCGCUAUGUCGCAGUCGAGUAGUUGGACCUGUUUGAGCUAGCGAGUUAGCUCACACACUGUGACAAACUUCACCACAAAGCGGAACCCACUCAAGAUGUCUGUUUCGGUGCGGGGCCUGUACUUUUUGCUGACCCUGUUUUUGGCCAGUUUCUUCGGGAGUGUUUUCAUGCUGGGUCCGUUCUUGCCCCUCAUGCUGCUGUCCCCCGCCUGGUACCGCUGGAUCACCGAUCGCAUCGUCGCUACCUGGCUCACCCUACCUGUGUCCUUGCUGGAGCUGGUGUUUGGGGUGAAGGUGGUGAUCACGGGCGACGCGUUUGUCCCCGGGGAACGCAGCGUCAUCAUCAUGAACCACCGCACGCGCCUGGACUGGAUGUUCCUCUGGUGCUGUCUGCUGAGGUACAGCUACCUACGCCUGGAGAAGAUCUGCCUCAAGGCUGCGCUCAAGGCUGUGCCUGGCUUUGGUUGGGCCAUGCAGGUGGCCUGCUUUGUAUUCAUCCAUCGGCGCUGGGAGAAGGACAAGGAGCACAUGGAGAACAUGCUCGACUACUUCUGCGACAUCAGAGAGCCCCUGCAGCUGCUUCUCUUUCCCGAGGGCACCGACCUCACCGAAAACACGAGAGCGAGGAGCGAUAAGUUCGCCUCCGAGAACAACCUCCCGAAAUACGAACACGUGCUGCAUCCACGCACCACCGGGUUCACUUUCAUUGUGGAGCGGCUACGAAAAGGAGACAACCUCGACGCCGUCCACGACAUCACGGUGGCGUACCCCAAGAACAUCCCGCAGACCGAGCGCCACCUCAUGCUGGGCCUUUUCCCCCGCGAGAUCCACUUCCACGUGUGCCGCUAUCCUGUGGCGGCGCUGCCCGCGUCCCCCGCACAGCUGGAGUCCUGGUGUCAGGAGCGCUGGGCCGAGAAGGAGGUCCGCCUGCGGGACUUUUACGCGGGCCAACCGCGGGGCUUCGAGCGGGAGGGCGUCGCCCGCGUGCCGCCGUGCAAGUCGGAGCUGCGCGUGGCUCUGAUCAAAGCGGCCUCCUUGCUGUACUGGAACGCUUUCAUCGUGCUGUGUUUCGCCGGCCUCUGGUUCUGGGCCCCCAUCAGGCUCUAUUUGGUGGUCAUGGUGGGGGUGUUUGUCGCCCAGCAGAAGCUGGCCGGCGGGCUGGAGCUGCUGGAGCUGGCAUGCCAUCGCUACUGGACCUCAAUGGCUGCCAAUGGCGAGGAGAAGAAGACCGAGUGAGGACCCUUUAGGGGUCAGCCAUGCAUUUAAAAAAGGGAAUAAGACCACCUGACCUCAGUGAAUACUGCUUACAAGGAUGUGUUGACGCCAUCCGCCACUUUGCGUGUCCUUUUGUUUGCUCCCCCUAAACCGCAAGUUUAUGUUUUGAUGCUCGCGAACUGCAACCCGAUGUCCACCUGGGCAUGUUAGUGCAGAUCUAAAGGAGUUUACUUGGAAUGUUCCUCCGUUAGAGUCAGCCGCUCUAUUACAUGAAAUGGUGGCCUACAGCAGGAAACUGCACAAGCACAUCAGGACGAGAACGAGCCUCUCUUGGGUUUUCUUUUUGAGAAGAGCAGGCAAAGUGUUGGCUACAUCUACGCGGUACAAUCACACUACAGUCGUCCCUCGUUUAUCGCGGCAAGUCGCUCCCAGGCCUGACCGUGGUAAACAUAUUUAAUUAUUAUUAAAUCCAAUAUUUUUGUUUUGUUUUACAACCUUCUUUAAAUAUGUUUUUUUAACAUUAUUAGCGCUGUGUAAACAUGACAUAGCACUGAUGUAGUCACCUUUACACUGUUUUCACCCAGUAGCCUUGGGUGCAUUCUACUGGAGAUUACAGUACUCACCCAGUACCGAACAGGGUACAUUUUCUGGCACCGACUGAGUCCUACCGGGCACAGAUUUGCGUACAAUCCAAAGGUGCCACGUUACGGUACCUUGGUUGUCACGACGUCAGCCGGCCCUCUGCACUUCGGCACUCGGUGAUCAGUCCAGCAGCACUGAGAGCAGAAUCAGCCAAACUACCUCUCGGUAAUGUUGCAAGCUUCAAUCCCAAUAAGGAAAUGUACUAAAAAAACGCUCUGACAUAUAU